AACGUCACGGCGAUCAUCGGGCGAGAGAUCGACUUCGCACGGAUCCUUGGAUACGAAGAGGCAUUACCUGCAAAAACACAGAGAAUCGGAAAGAUGCUGGUCGAGGUGUUUCGCACUGCCGCCAACAAUGGAACGAAACUUAACGUCAACGAAGUUAUGCAGUUGGUGCAACAGAUCGUCGAAGAUCCUGACAUGCAAAUCCGACUGGACCUGAUAGAACAUAUUCCACACGUGGCGACGAUCUCUUGCGGCACGCCGCACGAGGAAGUUAUCUACGAUUAUGUGACCAGCAUCAUUAUCAGAUAUCUAAAAGAUCAAGAUAAUCAGAUACGAAUGACAGCACAGACAGCAGUAUUACUGCUCACUAAAAGAGGGUUCUUCGAUAACACCACGAUAGAGACCAAAUUCUGCCCCGUUAUAGAAUCUUUGUGUACGUCCGCCGAUUUCUCCGGCAUCUCUCUCAUGUGCAAGAUGGCACCGCUUAUCGGUAAAGAGAUGACGGAAAGGAUUUUCCUGGACAACUUCAUCGCCCUCUGCGGGGAUAGCGAAUUCUUCAUAAGAAAGGUUUGCGCGUCGCAUUUUGGUGAAAUGUGCACCGCUGUCCGCAGAAAAACUCUUUUUCGAAGAUUGUUCCCGAUAUUCGUCGAUUUGUGCUAUGACGAAAUAUGGAGCAUCAGGAAAGCGUGCGUGGACGUUAUGAUGCCUGUCUCGUGCUGUAUGACCCUUGAGCAUCGUCGAUUACUGCUAGCAGACCUUUUGGCCACGCAUCUGAACGACGAAUCGAAAUUGGUGCGAAUGUCUGCCUUUCAAAUUUUAGGACCAUUUAUUUCUACGUUUGCGAAACAAUUUACCGGAGUUACUUAUAAUCAACAGGGCGAACUAGUGUUCACCAGUCAACAGGAUAAUCGUUUCAGUAUAAGAUAUUUGUACGAAGGAAUAUUCCCGAUGAAGUGUGCGGUACGAAGUCACACACUCGACGCGGAAGAUCGUAAUUCUGAGGACAACUCGGAUCCAUCUGUGAUAACGCAAAAACCAAUUCUCGAAGAGAAGGAGGAGGACGAGGACGACGAGGACGAGUCUCAGGAAGACCAUAUUUCCACAAUGAGAGAUCAUAAGAUACAGAGGAAGCAUCUGAAGAACGAACAAACGUUAGACGACGCAGAGAACUUCAAUUCGUUCCUAUAUUACUACAUAGAACCUGCCCUUCCGCUGGACGACGAACUCGUCGAAGCUGCCAAAAGAUCCGCCGCGCAGAACAACGUUGAUUGGAAACCGUUGGCCAAUGUUACAACGGCGUCUACUAUAGCGUCGUUGUUGGACGACGUGCUAAAAGAAGAUAAAUACCCAGCAGACAAACUCGAAUCUGCCAAUCUGGGAUAUCAAGAGAUCGUGCCUCGGCAUCUGAUCGAUUCGUUCCUGACGAUGGCCGAGCCGGACCAGUGUUUCGGCGACAUGGGCCCGGAUAUUCCUCAACAUUGUGCAUUUAGUUUUCCCGCGGUUGUACUUACGUUGGGGAAAGAUAAUUGGAAAUACCUGAAGCAUGCUUACCAAUCCCUGGCGAACGCGAAACAGUGGAAAGUGAGGCACACGGUAGCCUCCAGCAUUCACGAGAUCGCCAUCAUACUCGGGGAGGAAUUGACUGUCAGUGAUCUAAUCCCGAUCUAUGAUGGAUUCAUCAAAGACCUGGACGAAGUUAGAAUAGGUAUGCUCAAGCAUUUAGCGACGUUUUUGAAAAUACUCAAGCCUGCCGUUCGGGUCCAGUACCUACCAAACCUGAAAGAUUUCCUCGCCACCGAUAACGAGUGGAACUGGAGAUUUCGAGAGGAACUGGCUACUCAGUUAUUGGAAAUUGUAAAUCUGUUCGAUCCUGUGAACGUUGAUCGGUACAUCGUCCCAUUGGCUCUCGAGCUGCUGCGCGACAAGGUCGCCGCUGUGAGACACGUUGCGCUUUCUUUGAUGACGCAAAUAGUGGCGCAUCUUUCAGACAACAAUCGCCUGGUGAAGGCGCUGUUCCGAAAGCUCAAGUCCCUCGUAUACGCAAAAAAAUGGAUCAAAAGACAGACGUUUGCCUCCCUGUGCGCUAAAAUAAUUUCAAGCAAUGCCAUGAGCGGAGACAGGUUUUCGCAAGAGAUGUUGCCUACCUUGUUGGAAAUAUCUUCUGACAAAGUACCAAACGUGAGACUAGUUGUAGCGAGGACUUUGUCGGAGAACGUCGUACCUAUGGGAUCAGAAUGGUUGGGAGUUAAGGAGGCGGAAGAAGUGGAGAAUAGGCUCGCAGAAAUGAGAUUAGACCUGGAUAGAGAUGUUCGAGUUUUAGCCGGUGGCGAGGAUAACGUACCAUUAAAUAUAUUGUCGCAAACAACAAAAACUGAAGAAUCAAGGAACAUAAUGUUUUAACGAACUCAGGUUUCGUGAAAAUCAAGUUCUAAUUGUUUUCUGCCUAAAUUGUCGGUCCCCUGGUCGUAACGAUAGUUAAGUUGCACUUUUUUUUCUACCUUGACUGCACUAAAUGGUACGUGUUGUUUGUUUAUUCAUGUAAAGCUUGAGCUCAUUUUUACAUCAUAAAUGUAUCAGUCGAAGAAACUCCGAAUCUUGUAUAUAAGACGUAAUUUCAUCGAUUGGUAUCUGUAUCAUAAAAAUGAGUUCAAGUUUUACACAAAAAACGUGUAUCAUUCAGUGAAGUGAAUAUAGAAAAGAAGUGCAACUUAAUGUUGUCGUUAACGAUCAGAGGACCGACAAUUUCUACUCCCUUUUAGGCAGGAAACAAUUAGAACUUGAUUUAUUAACAGAUUUUAAGUAUCGGUGGUCAAAAGACAUUAACACAGUUAUGUAAGAGUAUGUGCGCGUGUUUAAAAAGAAAGCGAACGUAUACUGCCGCCUGUGUAUUAGGAUUCUUGUUUAAUCGUAAUAAUUACGUGAAGUGUUACGAACUGAUUAUUGAAUUUCACUAAAUUGUGUGUAUUCUAUUUUGUAACGUAUUAGAGAAUAUAUUUUACCAAUAAUUCACCAAAUUUCUCGUCAAUUACGAUAAAAAUUAUAUUAUCUUUUCAUCUAUGUAUCCACCGAAUGCUUUUAUAACUGCGUCAACAAAUCUUGAUAGUCUAGCCACUAAUUUUUUUAUUGUUUCAGGGCUGAUAUCGUUCCAUUACAUUUCUAAAAGUUCCCAAAAAUAUUUUUACCAAUAUUUUAUUUGGGAAUAUUUUAAUCUCACAAUUUUUCUAAGAGGUGUUGACUGGUGAACACUAGUUCGCUCUGUUGAUUAUAAGUAACUCUGGUAAAUUGUUUCGCAAACGUAGAAAUAAAUAGUCCUAAAAUUUGAAAGAGAGACAUUCGCAUCAAUUUAUAUAUAUAAAUUAUUCUUAAAAUUCUAAGAAUAAUCUAAACCUUGUCUUUUCCUUAUCUUAUUUUGUAUACUUGAUAUUUUAACAACCAAAAAUACUACUCUAUACAAGUCGCCUUUUUAUUACUGCCACUGAAAUUGUUUCAUUCUUAAUUUUAUUUAUUUCUGGUACUGUUCUUUUCAUCUUUCAACGUUUUAAUAAACCUUUGUAUACAUUCUAAAUCUUACAGAUCUUUUUACAGACAAAUAAUUGUAUCCUUCCGUCUGAAAUUUCAUUGCGUUGGAUAAUAAUUCUAACUCUACAAUGUUCUAAAUCUAAAGCCAUCAUAAAUAAAAGAAAGAAACUUCAAAAACCGUCCGCAUGCAACAUAAUGCAGCGUAGGCACAUCGUAUGAACUUUUAAUUAUUUAAGAAAUUUAAAUGAUUAAAUUCUUCAGUUUUUAAUAUUCAAACAAUGUUACAUUAUAUUCUAUUAUAGAUUCAUUUAGAAAUGAACGAAUGUCCUAAUGCAGUUGUGCGGCAAUGUAUGCGUAAUUUACUAUUCGUGAGCAUGUAUGCUAUUACCAUUGUGAUCAAUCUGUAUUUGUAAGUGGUCCCUUGGACAAGCAAGAUAUUAGGACAACAACGAGAUCUCUUGUUUUUUUAGAAAAUGAUCAUAGCACGUUUUCUUAAAUGUCAUGAUCAUUGCCAUCGCCUCUUUUUUAAGCAUUAAGUUAUCGUUAUAAAACAUGUUCCGAAAUAGCUCCUGCGAUCAGAAGAGUACAUUUUACUCCGUAUUUUGUACGUCAGUCGACUCAAGUUUUCAUGCUAUGAUUCAUAAACUUUGGCAUUGUUAAUAAAUACUCCUAUAUUAAAGAAAUGUAAUGCGAGAAGUUCAUAACUGGCAAGAGUAAAAAGAAAAAUUCAUAUUGAAUCCUCUGAUCAUCGCGACUUGGUAAUUCAUAGCGAAGUUCGUUCAAUUUAAAUUGUGUGUAUUUUGUAUAUAACAUUUAAUCGUCUCGUAGAAAUGGAACGAUGUGUAUAUGGAACGAGAAAUGCAAUAGAUUGUCGUUUAAAUAUUCGAAGGCGAACUCGAGAAAUAGAGCCGUUUACGAAACUAUUCAUGGUGAAGCUGCCGUGUGGAAUAUUCUGCACUUUGUAACCACAGUCAACGAAUAGCUACGAUCUUACGAAAUUAUUAACAAUAACCAGCGAAUUUUAAUCUGUAAGACGGCGAUACGCGACUCUUGAUGCGAUGGUGCCUGAUCAGAUGUGAAAAACUGUGCUUAUUACCGUCCCGUGUUGCGUCGAUUUAGCGAUUUCAUAUUUUACUGAUUUGGUGCACCCGGGGCGCAACCAGUUACUGUGAUCUUUGUCUACGUGUGGUCACGUAGACGAAUGUAUAUCAUUUCAUUGUAGAUACGUAAACGUUAAUAACGUAAACACCGACUUUUUGUUAUCCCUCUCUUUUUCUCCGACUUAAAAUAAGGAAUUACGAUUUACACGAGAAGCGUUUCGAGAGCCUUAUAUUUCGAAAUUUUUCAACGACUUAUAUAUUACUAAGUGUCACAAAAAGGAAGUCAUGUUUAUACGAUUUACACGAUAAUACUAGUUUAUAAGCAACAAAAUAUAAAUGAGAAACAAAUGAGCGACUUUUAAAUAAAGAAUGUGUACGAUAAAAAAAUUUAACGAGUGUAAAAAAAAAAAAUACGUGUGAACUGUAAGGAAAAGAAUACAAUGUGAUUCACUGAGUUGAGUGGUUGUACAUUUACGGAACAACUGUUUCGAAAUGGUACUAUAAGAUAUUUGCGAGUACUUCCAAUAGUUCACUUACGGUCGUUCAUAUUUUGUGAUAUUUGUCACGUCCCAAGGGGGCAUCUGCUAUUUUAAUAAAAAUGCCAGGACUUACUGCGCUAUGGGAACGUAGCAAUUUUGGGAUCGUAUC